AUGAAUCCAACAGUUCUAAAAAUGAGUGUAAUGAAACUAGUGUAUAAAAAGGGAAGUAAGGAAGAUGUAUCCAACUAUAGACCAAUAUCACUAAUUCCCACUUUUAGUAAGAUAUUCGAAAGCAUUAUCCUGUCUCAGCUAAGUGACUUUUUUACAAAACAUAAACUGCUUAAGAUGCAGACUGCAGGUAUAUUUUUGGACCUGACAAGAGCAUUUGACAUGGUAAACCAUAGGGUACUUCUUAAAAAGAUAAAAUCAUGUAGUACUGGGGAUCAAGCCAUGAAUCUUCUAACCACCAUACCUGCUGAAUCAUAA